ACCCAACACUUCACACACUCACAGCCACACCCGCACCGACACACUCACCUGCACCCACACCCCGCCCCAGCACCCACACCAUGGCCACCUCCACCCUGUCCGUCUGCUCCAGCAACCUGAGCUACGGCGGCCGCGUCUGCCUGCCCGGCUCCGGCGACUCCUGCCCCUACUCCUCCUGGCAGGUGGACGACUGUCCCGAGAGCUACUGCGAGCCCCCGUGCUGUGCCCCGGCCUCCUGCCUGACCCUCCUCUGCACCCCUGCGAGCUGCGGGUCCAGCCCCUGCCCACCAGCCUGCCCCGGCUCCUGCCAGCCCUCCUGCUGCAGCUGCUCCCCGUGCCAGGAGGGCUGCUGUGUGUCUGUCUGCUGCAAGCCCGUGUGCUGCACCCCUGUCUGCUGCACCCCUGUCUGCUGCACCCCUGUCUGCUGCAAGCCCAUCUGCUGUGAGGCGUCCCCUUGCUCAGCCUCCCCCUGCUGCCAGCAGUCUAGCUGCCAGCCCUCCUGCUGCAGCUCCUCCCCCUGCCAGGAAGACAGCUGUGUGUCUGUCUGCUGCAAGCCUGUCUGCUGCACCCCCGUCUGCUCCACCCCCAUCUGCUGCAAGCCCGUGUGCUGCACCCCUGUCUGCUGCAAGCCCGUGUGCUGCACCCCUGUCUGCUGCAAGCCCGUCUGCUGCACCCCUGUCUGCUACCAGGUCUCCCCCUGCUGCCAGCCCAGCCCCUGCAGACCCUCCUCCUGCGUGUCCCUCCUCUGCCGCCCCGUGUGCAGGCCCGCCUGCUGUGCCACCCCCUCCCCCUGCCAGCCCAGCUGUCGCCCCCAGGGAUCCAGCGUGUCCCUACUGUGCCGCCCCGUGUGCUCCCGCUAAUGGGGCACAUGCCCCCGCGGCGCUGGGCUCAGGCCCCACCCAGUGACCCUGGGCCUCCUGACCACCCCUCAGCCCAGCCCUCACCUGUGCUAGGUGGCUGCCCCCACCCACGACGGAGUCCCCCUGGGUAUCCACUCUCCUGAGCUGACUUCACCUCCUCCCUCCCAAGAACCCUGACCCUGCGGCUCCCCGGGGCUCCUGCUCCCAGGACGCACCUCCACCUGCCCUGGGUCACCUGCCUUUCCUCCCAGUUCCUCUGCUCAGGUCACUUGGCCUCGCUCUCCAACCUGUAGGCCCCUCCCCAGCACCCCAAUAAACUCACUUCACCGGC